GAUGCAUCAGUUUACACUUGUUGCACAACGGUUUGUUCUUAACGCCGCUUCACUCAGACUUAUGAAAAUACACAGCGACCGUGUUAAUAUCCAGCGUGAAAGGUCGAAUGUGUAUGAUGCUUGGAUCCAGGAUUUGUCCGCCCUGUUCCUCUGCACAACAGUAAUUGUUCAAUAACAUCAAAUGAAUUAAUUAAAUCCGCGCGCGCUGAAGUCUAUAGUUGCGCCCACACCCAGCACACACAUGGGAGGGAAUAAUUUAGACAUCAUCUAUGCAACGAGCUUCUAAAUGUUUGUAAAGACGCUGUUUAAAUCCAGAAGGCUGGGGGAAAUUGUGAUGUAGGAGCGGCGCGCGCCGUCUCGGGGGUGUGGUGAUGCUCGCGCUGUGAACUCACGCGAGCGCGGGCGCUGAAUACUAGAGCACUCAGAGCGAAGCACGGACACCGAGCAUCACAGAACCAACAGCAUGGCUUCGUCUCAGGGGAAAAGCGAACUCCGUUAUGCGGACUGGAUGUCAAGUUUACCAGACACCUUGCACGGUACCCCUCUUACCAAUCUCGCCAUACCAGGUUCCCAUGACUCCUUUAGUUUUUACAUCGACGAAGCCUCACCAGUUGGGCCGGAGCAGCCUGAGACCGUGCAGAACUUUGUCUCUGUUUUUGGCACAGUGGCCAAGAAGCUGAUGAGGAAGUGGUUGGCGACACAGACCAUGAACUUCACCAGCCAGCUGGAGGCAGGCAUCCGCUUCUUUGACCUCCGCAUAUCCACCAAACCCAGAGACCCCGACAACGAGCUCUACUUUGCACACGGCCUGUUCAGCGCCACCGUACGCGAAGGCCUGGAGCAGAUCAGCACCUUCCUGGCCUCCCAUGCUCGCGAGGUCGUGUUCCUGGACUUCAACCACUUCUACGGUGUACAGAACCUCCAUCACGAGAAGCUGGUCCAGAUGCUGCGCACCAUCUUCGGGGACCGACUCUGUCCGGUAGUGUUUGCUCAAGAGGUAAGCCUGAAGUACCUCUGGGAGAAAGAGUAUCAGGUGCUGGUCUUCUAUCACAAUCCCAUGGCUCUGGAGGUUCCUUUCCUGUGGCCUGGUCAGAUGAUGCCCUCUCCUUGGGCCAAUACCACAGAUCCUGAGAAGCUCAUUCAGUUCCUUCAAGCCUCAGUAAAGGAUCGGAGACGUAAGGGCACCUUUUUUGUGUCCCAAGUGGUUCUCACUCCCAAAGCAAGCACCGUCAUGAAGGGUGUCACCAGUGGUCUGAGGGAGACCAUCACAGAGAGGGCUCUUCCUGGCAUGAUGCAGUGGAUCCGCUCACAGCGACCUGGGGAAAGUGGAGUAAACAUCAUCACGGCCGAUUUUGUGGAGCUGGGGGAAUUUAUCAGCGCUGUUAUCACCCUCAACUACUACCUGGAUGAUGAGGAAGAAAACGCCACCUGAACCUCCACAUCUCCCACAUCGCUUGUGGUAUCAAUUACUUGCUCCCUCUCUCUUUGCCAUAUUUUUAUGUUUUAUUUAUUUUUUGGAUCAUAGAGACUGUGUUCGUCUGACAUUUUUAGGGCUAAUGGAAACCAUUAGAACGAUAGUAGAGACCAGACACGGUCAGGUGGAAUAAUUUCAGGUUUUGUCUGAGGAUGAACAGGCGCAGAUGGUGAUUUCAUUUCUUUCUGGGCAAAAAAGGUGACUGGCCUUUUCCCAUGUUUCUCUGCUUCCGAUCUGUUGGACUACUAGUUACUGAUCCACAUGCUCGAAACCUUGAUAAGUUCUGCCCAAAUUCUGCUUCUGAUCAAAGUAACAGUAACAUUAACUCAUUUCAUGGGAAUAAAUAUUGUUUGUACAGUGAAUGUGAUGCUGAAUCUAUAGUAGGUUUAUUUCUAGUGGUCAUAGUAACUUGUAUGAUUGUCGAGUUGUAAAUACUUGUAAACCUGUUGAAUUGUAACUUUGCUCACUAUUUGUCAUGCCCGAACAUACAUCAAGAGUUGAGGUUCCGUUCGAGGCCUCAAUCUGGUCUUACAAUGUUGAAGAAGUGAACUAUUAGAUGUUUGUAUUCACAACCAAAAAUUGCAAUUGUAUGUAACAGCAUUUUUGCCUUUCUGGCUUUGUAUUUACAUUUUUGUAGUCGUCUUUUACUUUAUCCAACAGAUUCUUUUAUACAUCCGUGAACAACAUACAUAUUCUUUGCAUCUGCACUGCUGUGACUGUGGACUGUUAAAGAGUGGCCACUGAAGUUGCAGAAAAAAAACCACACAAUCCAUCCAUCAAUUAAUAAUGCACAAUUUGCAUUCAAUUGUAAACAUGCCUACAUAAACAAACACGCAAGAGACUCACUUAAUGGGUGUGAACAGACUUAUUAUAACACCAUUUUCUAAUUAGCCAGACUAAUUGGGUAAAUGGCCAUGCUAAUUGUUUUAAUCACACAGAUGCCAAGUAAUUGAAUUUCUUCAAUAUAUGACAUUAUGAAACAAUGUCCCACACUGCUGCCUUCUCUCUUUUACAGUCAGGUGGCACUGGAAAACUAACUAGAAAGUUUGCAGCAUUGUUUGUUUAUUGAAGUGUUUAAAUCAUUUUUAUUAAUGUGACAAUCCCAUGGCCAACCUAGAGCAUGGAUUUGUGUGAAUGCAUUAAUCAUGCCUUUGUACAGUAUAAAAUUGCAUGUAGUUGUCUAGGUCGAUAAAUUGUAUUUACAUGUAAACUUUCUAUGGGUAUAUGUCCUAAUCGAGCAUUUCUGACAAAUCUGGUGUACAAUAAAUGUAAAUACUGCAUAUA